AAUGCGGGUCGGGCCGGCGCCGCCAGCACAGCCGCGCCGCUCGCUCGGGCUGCCGCCGGCGCUCACCCGCACGGACACGGACAGGGACACGGACACGGAGGGGCAGGUGUAGGGCCGCCGCCAUGCCCCGCUGAGCCCGCCCGCAGCCCGUCCGCAGCGCACACCCGCCGCCCCGGCUGCCCCGCAGCCCCCGCCCGCCGCCAAGCUGGAGGAGCGCCGCAAGCCCGAGCCCCGGAGGAUGGAGGACGAGGCAGUCCUGGAUAGAGGGGCUUCCUUCCUUAAACAUGUAUGYGAUGAAGAAGAAGUGGAAGGUCACCACACAAUUUACAUCGGGGUCCACGUGCCGAAGAGCUACAGGAGGAGGAGGCGUCACAGAAGAAGAMCAGGACACAAAGAAAAGAAAGAAAAGGAGAAAAUCUCAGAGAACUACUCGGACAAAUCGGACGUAGAAAAUGCUGACGAGACGAGCAGCAGCAUCCUUAAACCACUCA